GCAUCUGCUAGUCCGAAUUGGUGGGGUUUCUCUCUAUUCGUAAAAGGACUGCAGCAACUUGUACUCGAGUUUUGCGUGAAUUUCUUUGCAGAAAACUUUAAAGAAAACAAAAUGCGUCCAUCUGGCUCUAAGCGUCAGCAGGCCCCCCAGCCUCCCUCCACCAGGAUGGGUUUGCGGAGUUUCCGUAAUGUACCUCUGGUGCCCAUGGAGACAUCCUCUUCUUCAUCAGAUGACAGUUGUGACAGCUUUGGCUCUGACGGUGGCUUUGCUAACACGAAGAGUAGCUUCAGGGAAGCUAAGAAGGUGGCGGAGAGAGCCAAGGUGUUUGAGGCCAGCUCGGAGGAAGAGUCUCUCAGUGGGUUUGAGAAUACCUUCAGCAGUGAAAUGAGAGUGGACUCUGACUCUGAGGAGUCAGUGACGCCGCGGAAGAGGGGCCGCCGGUCCCAGACUCUGAAAGUGGCCAUGAAAUUCCCCAACAGGAGGGCCAGCCAGAAGAAGACGAUUGCAGCAGAGCCCCCUACACAGCCCAAAGUCGCUCCCAAACAGACCACUGAGGAGGGAGACAACUUCAUGGACAAGAGAGCGCUUAACAUCAGGGAGAACAAAGCCAUGCUUGCAAAGCUGAUGGCAGAACUCAACAAAAUACCUGGCUUCCCUAGAAGAACAUCCCUGCCCAUGAUGAAUGCGCCCUGUCGCACCCCACGCCGGUCUCUGGGAGCCCCUGGACCCCGCAGGAGGAACCCUGAGCGUACCUCUAGGCCCCACACUCGCUCCUGCUCCCUGGUGGACGGCCCCCCAUCAGAGGAGGAAGAGGAGGACAAGUUCAGCCUGGUGCGCAGGAGCUGCUACUACGAGGAGAAGGAGACCCGUCGGCGCAGCUCCAACGGGGUGCUGGCCUUUCCUCAUGUGGUGCGGCCUGUGGAGGACAUCUCCCAGACGGAGCUGGAUCUGAUCGCAGACACCGUCCGGGAGAAGGUCUACGACAGAUCCACUGGGUCCACUUGCCAUCAGUGCCGCCAGAAAACGGUCGACACCAAGACCAACUGCCGUAACCCAGAGUGUGUGGGGGUGAGGGGUCAAUUCUGUGGCCCGUGUCUCCGUAACCGCUAUGGGGAGGAGGUCCGAGAUGCCCUGCUGGAUCCUGAGUGGAAGUGUCCGUCGUGCAGAGGGAUCUGCAACUGCAGCUUCUGUAGAGCCAGAGAGGGUCGCUGUGCCACUGGAGUUCUGGUCUACCUGGCUAAAUACCACGGCUACGACAACGUCCAUUCUUAUCUCAAGAGUCUGAAGAAGGAAAUGGAAGAGAGCCAGUAAACCGUGGAGAAUGUAACCGGAUUCUGAACCUGACUGACGAUGUUGUCAUGUGAUGUGGCUUUUAUAUUCCAUAAUGCAAAACAGUAGAUUUUUCUAUUGCUCCUGAUUCUGAAAAUGUUUACAUUGUUUUAAAUGUGUACAGUUUUACUGUCAAUUACGUGAGUGAUAUGUUUAUACUGUGAUGUUUGCCUGUGACAUUCACACUUUUAACCUGCAAGUUUGAAGAAAAACUAUAUGUA